GCGGCGCAGCCCGCGGGCAGGAAGCUGGAUGAGGACGUGUGUGCGGGCGAGGCAGCCCCUCGGGCAUGAAGGGGACUGCGGGGACUCUGCCCUGCCCUGCAGCCGAGCGGGGACAUCAGGAAGACAGCUGCCUUCAGAUGGUACAGAACUCACUGACAGUUGCUCUUGCUUCAGUCCUACUUCAUGAGAACUUCAGAAGCUACUAACUGAGUGAUAUUUGGCCAGACCUAAAAUAUCUUCCACUCCAGAUCUGAAAGUAGUGGAAAAGUUAGACAAUUCUCUCUUGGAAAGAGACCGGUUGUAGUUUAUUCACAAGUCCACAUUGUUUCAAAUUUCUAAGCAGAUGGUACGUGAACAAUACACGACAACGACACCAGGCACGAGCCUCGAAAGGCCGAAGAAUGAAUACAUCUACAAAAUUGGAAUUUAUGGCUGGAGAAAGCGUUGUCUCUACCUGUUUGUUCUCCUCCUGCUUAUCAUCCUAGUUGUGAAUUUUUCUUUGACAAUUUGGAUUCUUAAAGUGAUGUGGUUUUCUCCAACUGGAAUGGGACACCUGCGUGUUACAAAAGAAGGCCUUCGACUGGAAGGGGAAUCUGAAUUCCUGUUCCCUCUUUAUGCCAAAGAAAUCCAUUCGAGAGUGGACUCAUCACUGCUUCUCCAGUCUACUCACAAUGUGACUGUGAAUGCUCGCAAUUCAAACGGGGAAGUCACAGGCAGAUUAAAUGUGGGUCCUAAAAUGGUAGAAUUCCACAGUCAGCAAUUUCAGAUCAACUCAAAGGAUGGAAAGCCACUUUUUACAGUGGAUGAAAAUGAAGUUGUAAUUGGCACAGAUAAGCUUCGAGUCACAGGGCCUGAAGGAGCACUUUUUGAACAUUCUGUAGAAACACCACUUGUGAAAGCAGAAGCUUUUAAACAGCUUAGGCUGGAAUCACCAACUCGAUCUUUGAGCAUGGAUGCUCCACGAGGAAUUAAUAUCAAAGCACAAGCUGGGAAUAUUGAAGCUCUUUCCCAGAUGGAUAUCAAACUACACAGCAGUGAUGGCGUGCUUUUGCUCGAUGCUGAAACUGUGCGACUGCCCAAGCUGCCCGAGGGUGCAAGGGGUGGAUCUGGGAUUUCUCAGGGGCUCUAUGAAAUCUGCGUGUGUCCAGAUGGAAAGCUCUACUUGUCAGUGGCCGGCGUGGGCUCCACUUGCCAAGAAUACAGCCGAGUCUGCCAGUGAGGCACCCGAAAACGCCACACACCCCCUCGUGCAUCUGAGUUUUGUAUUACUCCUAAAGAGCGCUACUGAAAGCAUAUUCUUCAAAAUUUUUAAAAGAAAGCACUUACAAUUUAGGAAACAAAUCUGCGCCUACAGUUCUGGAAUACAGGGUGUAAGGGGAAGAAGAGCACAAAUGACAUUUCCACUUCAGAAGAACGACUUGAAUCAAAUUACAUUGUUUUGUCAGUAACACUUGGAAAAUAGCCUUACAGAGAGCAUAAAAAAAUAAAACAAAUAUGUUUCCUUGCUGAACUAUUAUUCAGUCAGAUGAUUAUGUCAUUGUUCAUAUUUUUGAGAUCCGUGGGUUUUUCCUCUCACUACAUAUAAACACUUACUGUAUUAGUGGGUGAAAUUAAAUUGAGGGAACUACUUGAAUUAUUUGUAAGACAAAGCAUUAUUUGGAGAAUUCAGAAAGUGCCAGCAAAUGGUCUAUGCAAUUUUGUUCUUGCAAUAACACAAGAUAGAAAAAUGUGGUAUUUGUAUAAGUUCUGUGUAAAAUAUGUUAAUUUGCUAAUAGCUUUCUAUUUUAAUUUGGCAACACAUAUGCUGAUUUGCUUCUUACUGGGACUCAUGCAAAAACAACUAAUGCAAAAUGCUCCAGAAGUCAUGAAGGCCUCUGUGUCUCAAAUCCAUUCACUAUACAACAGAGAAAUAUGUUAUUAUAUUUUAUAAUAGCAAUUGUUUGUUCUACUGCCUGUACCAUCAUAUUCAUUUAAAUCCUUUUUUAUUUUAGGACAUGCUAAUUCAACAAGGCAAUCUGUUUUGCCAGCUGGUCUAGUAAAAAGAAAAAAAAAGUGUCUUCAGAUUGUCUGACAUAAGGAACUAUUUGGGCAGUGGGAAAAAAUUCAUUUAUGCAGCCCACAAAUUUCAAUUAAGAGGAAUAUUUCACUUCCAUCUGCUGCGCCUGUUGACUGGUAUUUCUGAUCCUGUCAGAGUGGGACUCCCAUCACAGAGAGAGUAAAACUGUUACUACUUUUUACAUUAGGACUUUGGAUACAAAGUAAAUGCUCACCAGAGCUGACAAACCAUUUAUUGGCCGUGGUAAGAAACACAACUGCAGACCCGUUCCCCUGUACGGUGUUGCACUGAACACAAAUAAAUUGUUUGCACACCUCUGGGUAGCAAGAUUUGUAUUUAGUUGUCUGUUGUUUAAACCUCAUGGGUUUUUAAUUCCUUUGAUGCCAUUUUGUAUAUACUUUAUGAUUUUACUAUCCAGGAAGGAGCUAUUGCACAGUGCCUUGGUGUCUAUUUACAGAAGGAAUUUAACCCAUAGUGUUAGUAAACCAUGAAUGUCUACCUUUUGGAAAAAAAUAAUUAUCAUCCUUAAAACAGAUGAAUCAGGACUAUUCAAAAUAACUAUUAAAUUUUAAAAAAACUUGCUACUUCGGCUCUGGUGAACAAGGGAAGAAAACCAACACUCAAAUGAGAUCCCCAGGUACACACAAAAACCUGAGCUGAGAAAGAGUCCCCUGUUAACAUUUUCCACUGUUAGUGUGGCAAAGCCCAGGGCAGUCCCUGCUUCAAGGGCUGCCUUUGCAAUUCUCCAAGAGUCUGAUGUACAGAACUGAACCUGCCCUUCAGCAGCGGCGUGCAGCCCUCAGUAAUUAAUGCUCGAAGAGCUUCAGUAGUGCAAUUAGGAAACACUCAAGGUGAGCUUAAGCAAGUGAAGCAAGGUUUCACAUGUCACCUGGAGAGUGCUCCAAUUGCUGUUACACUGCCUAAAGGAGAAGCAGGAAGCCACACAUCUUCCGUAUCUGAAAUCCCUUUUCUCCGGCUUAGACUCGCUUGCUCCUGUCUUCAGGAGAGAGUCCAAGGCUGUUGGCUGUAAGGAGAGAAAUGUUCACCUCCACAGCUCUAUUUCUUGUCUGUGUCUGUCUCUACAGCUAAGCCCUCAGCUGAGGCGUACUUUAACAUUUUAACAGAAACUUGUCUUCAGUAUUCCUUUAAAGUCAAUUUAGGUGGUUCCAGCUCCAUGCACAAGCUUUUACAAACCAAAAUACAAGCAGACUUAGCUUACUCAUUGGAUAGAAAGUAUGAGUACUAAAAUAAAGGUUAGCAAAUGCCCUUGCUUGUGCUAGAUACCUAAAAACUGCUGCUACAAAGAACUUGGAGAACUGUAAUGUCACCAAUGUCUUACAGGUCUAGUGUUAACAGCAAAACUGGGACUUGAGUUCUUAGAAAUUUCAGCCAUUGUUCUGACAUCAAGGAACAUAUGCCCACUUCCGUGGGGUAUCAAACAACUACUUCACCUAAUCUAACCCCUAGAUAUUAGCCAGAUACUGUAAAAUAGUUAAAAUCUGCUUGUUCUGCUGGCAGUAGAAGCACAGCACUCUAAGUUAUAUAUCUUAAGCUUUUGUUUUGGAGGCACAUUUUCAAACGUGAUUUGCCAGUUAAUUCACAGCAAGGGAUUGAACUGAGGCUUUCCAGGCAAGAAUAACCUGACCCUAAAGUGCUAGGAAAAUCAGGGUGCAGUCCCCUAGCUGGUAACACUAUUAAGUAGGAUGGCACUUCAUUUAGGCACUGCAGUAACUACCACCUUUCUUGUGGAGAUAAAUCUUCUGGACUUGCUUCAUUUCACAGGUGGAUUCUGAGUAGUACCAAAACCUAGAGGUCUUCUGUACCCUCAGAACUGCCAUCAUCCAAGUCACCAAUGUCACCAAAGUGAUCCUUUUAAUUGCUUAAAUUUCAUUCUCCUUUUCAUUAUGCUGCAACACUGACAUCAGAAGUAUUGUUCCAGUAUAGAAGUUGUGCACAUUUUUUCAAGCAUGACUGGCACCAUCGUGUCACUAUUUUUUUUUCUUUUAGGUGAGGUUAGUAGAGAAACAAAAGUUAUGCUAAAAUUACCAGAGUGUAAUCAGCUGAUGCUACAAUUUGAAUUGCUGUUAAUCUCAACAUCGUUCAUUCAAAAUUACUGUUCCUAUUUGAAUCAAACUUCAGUAACUAGUUACAGAGUAACAAAAUUAUGGCACAGGGAAGUGAGAGUAUGCAGUUCUCUAGUUUAUUUCCAAAAGUAUUAUCCAAAUAGAGAAGAGAAAAAAACACUACCAGCAUAGUGAACUGAUUUGUUUGCAUAUUUACUCCCUCAAAAAUAAUUAUUUACAGCAGUUCUUGCAACUGGUUGCAAUUGUUACACAGUGGAAAAAUGAUAGAAAAAGUUCACUGUUGAUUGCCCAAACACAAGCGCUUUUUUUUUCCAUUUCAUAGUCCUUUAGUAUUUGCAUUUGUCUGUCUUUAUAUAGCUUUAUGCAAAAGGAAAUUGCAAGAAUUGGAAACUGAGUCCUUGAAUAAACUUUAUACAUUUUGAA